AUGUCGGACGAGGUCUCGCAGUUCCUCGAGCAGGUCGAGCGCCUGCGCGGCCAACAAAUCGAGGACGACGAGGUGCGGGCCCGCGAACUCGAGGAGUUCCUCGCCGCCAAGCGCGAGCGUCAGGCCAGGAGAGAAGAACGCGCCAGAUCCAUCUCGCCCCAAAAGUCUUCUCCCGUAAACACGCCCUCGCCCCGAUCCAAGCGUCGAAGCGCCCAUCUCUCCGACUCCCUCAAACUCCAGUCCCCCACCGCCGUUCGCGACACCUUCGUCGAUGCCCCCGCAGACGCGAUCCCCAUGGCCCUGUCCAGCUCGCCCGUCAAGGAAAACGAAGCCCCCGGCGACGCGCCCGAGGCCAAGCAGGUCGAUGCAUCCACGCCCUCGGCCAGGUCCUCACCCUUGUCGUGGCAGAGGCGUCCCAAUUCCCGCGCUGGCGCUCGGCCCUUGAGCGUGCUCGCCGCCCAGAAUGCCACCCAGCGCUCCCUUGCCGGAGCGCAGGAGCCCGCCUCGGCCACCGAACAGGCCUUUUCCAAGGACCAGAUAGCCCAGUCUCUUGGCUCCAAGGACCCUGCCUGGUUUCGCCAGACAGCCGACCGGGGCCAUGCGUCUGCCGCCUACAGACGCAGCCAAGUCGAAGAUGACGAUCGCCUCGACAUGGGCCCCGUCAAGGCCCAGCUGCCGGGCAUGACCGCCGAAACGCCUAAUGAACGCCCUUCGUCGCGCCACGACGUCACCUCGCCGACCCAGGGCAGACUCGGCUCUCCUGUUUCGCUCAAUCCUCCUCGCCAAGAGGUCCCUGCCGACGACAAGCCUCUGGCUGAGCAAGCCGUCACUUCUCCAACGGGCAGAACAUCCCCCAUUCGCUCGGCCUCUCCGACCAAAGGUAUGGGCGGCUUCGUGCAGAGCGCCAUGAUGAAGCGAAGCGAUAGCGUCAAGCGAUGGAGUGUUACUAGCCCUCCAGGUUUGUCGCGCGCCGACUCCAGCGCAAUGCGCAACGGGUCGCCCACGCAGGGCUCGAGCAGGCCGACCUCGAAGCACGGAGAAGAAGAGGCUGAGCAGGAAGACGCCUCCAAGACUACUGCCGACAGAGACUCGACAUCCGGUUCGGACCGCGCCCCGAGCCGAGAGGACGACGCCGCGCUGCCCGUGUCCCCGACCAAGACAAUGGACCCGCGGCGCUGGAGCCCUACCAAAUCCAGCUGGCUGGAGAAUGCCUUGAACAAGCCCGACUCGCCCAAGCUGCCGCCGAAACCGACGCAGUCUCAACCAGCGUGGAUGGUCGAGCUCAACAAGGCCAAGGCCGAGCGCGCCAACAAGUCCGGCGCCGACGCAUCUCGUUCCCCGGGCCUCGCGCACAAGCACCAGGUCAGCAUCGGCGGGCUCAUGCGGCAGUCGCCCGUGGGCGAGACGGCCAAGACCAACCCUACGGGGCUCGGCGGCAUCUACUCGCCACCAUCUAAUCAGAGCCGGCCAGCGUUUGGGAACCAGGCGAAGCCAAGUCAUGUCGAUAAGACGCUCACCAGGGAUGUCGAGAGUCCGCCCAAGCCCAAGCCCGAAACUCCGCCCAACAAGGACUUCCGGGCCAACUUGAGGCAGCGCCCGGCCGCCGCCGAUGCCCCCAGGAACAAGGAGCCCGAGUUCAGAAACGCGUUUGGCAAUCUACGCAGGGCCACGACGCAAAACUACGUCGCUCCGGAUGAGCUCAAGAAUAACAUUCUCCGGGGGAAAGCGGCCCUAAAUUUGACCGACGGGCCCCGCAAGGGUGAGCGCAAAGACGAGUUCAAGGAGGCCAUUCUGAAGAAGCGGGAGGACUUCAAGAAAGCACAGGCUGAGGGCAAGGGUGUGAGCAGAAGCUCCUCCAAUGCCGACGAAAAGCCACUGCCCGAAGGCCUGGUCAAGAGGGCCGAGCUGACAAGGUCGAAUAGCGACGCCAAGAGUGAGACGGCAACGGAAACCACCGCGCAAGAUGAGCGGAAGAUGUCGGCUUCUCCAAGGCCAUUGCCCGAGCUCAAGCGAACGUCUAGCCAGUCUGCUUCCUCAUUGAGGUCUCCAAACAAAACGCCGCCGCCUUUCCAGAGUCCUGCUCCUGAGAAGCCGGGACGUAAGCUUAGCGAUACGGACGCCGUGAAGCCUACACCUGAGUCAGAAGACUUUCCACUGCGGCAAAAGGAGACAAAUCCAGACCCUAAGCCGCAACGUGCUGUUGCGAGUGGCGGCGGAGGCAAGCUCGCGGGUCGAUUCAACCCAGCCUUGGCGGGCAUGCUGGCUAGAGGACCUCCUGCCAUGGCUACGAAUGGCGGCCAGGGUUCCAACGGCUCUGGCCCGAAGCAGAGCUCGGGAGGCGGCGACAUGUCGGAGCCGAGUGCUCCCGGCCCUCAGUUAACUCACAUUACCAAAGGCCGAGCUCGUGGCCCCAGGAGAAAGGCCCCGACCGGGUCUUCGGCAACGACGCCGGCGGCGGCAUCUCAGUCUGCCGCCCCCACAUCCGAGGAGCCGAAGCGGGCGCUGCCGAGCGGCAACCCAAAGGCAGAGGAAGACCGAAAGUCGCCCGUCUCCAUCAGCAAGGAGCCUGAACGGGCCUCGCUGAUCAGCCCAGCGGAAGUAGAGAAGGAGCAAGAGCCCCCUGUCCCUGCCAAAAAGAAGCCGGCACCGCUGUCGAUACAGCAGCAGGUCGCGGCGCAGGCAGCUGUCCGCGGGCAAAUUGGGCUCGGCGAGGUAGAGGCCAAGACCAAUAACGGAACGGGGACAGCAGGACCCGCGAGCCCUUUGCUCCUACGCCAACAGACGGCGAGCCCCAGUACGAAUGCUGAGGGCCAGGUGUCGCCUCCUAGUCAGGCUGAACAGGGUUCCGAGGAGGCCUCGCAGCCAAGUUCUCCCAGGAAACUUGACGAGUCGACGGGAUCUACGCAUCAGCGCACCAGGUCCAGGUCUCCUACCAAAUUGCCCGAGCAGCCACUGCCCGAGCCGCUCUCGUCUCCUGACAAGAGGGACCGCGACUCGCUGCCGUCCAUGAAGGGCACAGCGUCACGUUCGUCACGGCCUGGCUCCCCCAUCAAGUCCCCCCCGGGGCCAGAACAGCCAGUCAACGGGCCCAGUGCGGCCGAGGCAACAGCACCAAGGCCUAAAUCACGAGGCGCGCCACGACCGCUGUCCGGUAUAACCGGUGGCGGGCUCAAGUCAUCACCGGCCAUAGCCUCGCCCGUGCGGUCGCCCACCAAACCGGUCAACGAGGUCUCGAUGCUGCUGUCCGACUUCUUCGGUCCCCCGGGUCCGCGGAAGGAAAUGCGCGUCGACCCUGCCGAGAUUCUGAUGAACCGGCCACCAGCUGGUGCUAAGAUCACCAGCCUGGGGUUCCACAUGUUCAAGAUCUUCGGAGACGGCAAGAAAGUCCCGGUGUCGGCGCAGAACGAGCGCGACCUGUUUGAGCAGGAGAUGUACGUGUGCGCACACAACUUUACCAACGCAGCCGGCAAAAAGGUGUUUGAGGUGUAUUUCUGGGUGGGCGACGAAGUCCCCGAGGCGACGGCCGAGGACGCCCAGCUGUUCGUACAGCGCGAGGCGCGGUCCCUGGGCGGCACGCUGGUGAAGCUGCGCCAGGGCAAGGAGACGGCCGAGUUCAUGCAGGCGCUGGGGGGCGUCGUGAUUGUGCGGCGCGGAUCGAGCAACAAGUACGACUCGCUGGCGCCCAACAUGCUGUGCGGGCGGGCUUACCUGGGGCAGGUGGCCUUUGACGAGGUCGAUUUUGCGCCGGCGAGCCUCUGCUCCGGGUUCACGUACCUCAUCGCGCAGGCGGGCAAGUGUUUUCUGUGGAAGGGCAAGGGCAGCGACGUGGCCGAGGUCAGCUGCGCGCGCCUGGUGGGCAUGGACCUGACUCUGACGGGCGAGAUCGUCGAGUACGAGGACGGGGCCGAGCCGGCGUCGUUUUGGGACCUGUUUGGCGGCGGCGGGCCGAAGCCGCACUCGGCCGAUCACUGGAGACUGAAGCCCAACUACGACAAGUACUGCAGCAGGCUGUUUUGCUCCGACGCAGACUCCAAGCAGCAGAUUCUCGAGCUGAGCCCCUUUGGCCAGGCCGACCUCUCGCCGUCGAGCAUCUACAUCCUCGACGCCUUCUUCGAAAUGUACAUCGUCGUGGGCAGCCGCGCCAACGCGCAGUACGCCUCGUUCCGCAACGCCCUCGACUUUGCGCAGGAGUACGCCAUCCUGGCCGCCGGCAUCGAGGACCGGCCCUUUGUCCCCGUCUCGAGCGUCGUCCUCGAGGGCAUCCCGCGCGACCUCAAGCGCGUCUUUCGCAAGUGGGACGACGCCCGCAGCCCCACCGCGACCAACAACGGCACUGGCGGCCCCGACGCCGCCGCCGCCGCCGCCGCCGCCCCCGGCAGCCCGCUCAAGAGGGGCCGUAGCUUGCGCGUCGUCACCCUCACGCAGGCUCUCCAGGCUUUGAGUGAGUGA